CUGAUAGCAUGCCUGGAUAGCUAGCCAAUUUAGCUAUCGAUGGAAGAAACGGACGUUUCUCACGGCAGCUAUUCGUCUGAGAAGAAAAAGGAUUCCCUAACUGUCACUGAAGGCUCUCAGUGUAUUGUCUAUGCGGAAGACGUUCCCAGGCAUUUACUCUGCGCCAUCUGCAACAGUCCCUUACAGAAUGCAGUUCAAGUAUCUUGCGGAGAGCGUUGGGACCGCCAUUGCUACAAACUUCAGCUGCAAAAUUUAUCUUCUGAACAACCCUUGAUAUGCCCUAAUUGUGGUGAAACGAUUGAUCAAAAGCAGACGUUUCCUGAUGUAUUUGCAGAAAAAGAAUGCAGUAAACUCCUUGUUCACUGUUGGGAAAAUAGCAGUGGUUGUGAUUUUGUGGGGCCGAAGCAUAGUCUCCAGGCUCACUGGGACAACUGUGAUUAUGUGAAGUUGCCUUGUGCGAGGGCAGAAUGCAAUGAACAGGUGAUGAGACUUAACAUGGAUCAGCAUUUGAAUCACCAGUGUCAAUGGCGGACAAUCAUUUGCCGCUGUGGAGAAGAGAUGAAAGCUUUCCAGCAGACGGAUCAUGAAUCGUCCUGUUCGGAAGUACUUGUAGAGUGUCCUAACAGAUGUCAGGAAGGUCGAUUCAUAAAGAGGAAGGAUAUGGAACAACACUGCAAAGAUUGCCCUCGUCAGAUGUUCAAGUGCAAGUUCGUCGGCUGCAAGCAUGAACUAGACACACAGCAAGCUCUAGCAGAACACGUCGAAAUGCAUCUUCUGGAACACGUUAGCGGGGUAAGCCAGGAAUGUCUCGCUCUUCGCGAAACGGUUGACGUGGCAAUGGCCGACAUGGGCAAGUCGACGUUGUUUCUUCAAAACAUUGAAGAGACGGGGCGCGCCAUCGAUGCCGAAUGGAAUCACGUGAAGGAAAUCGAGCAGCGUCGAUCGGAAAUGGAAACUCAAGUGAAACUGAUCAACGAGAAAACAACCGAGGCUACCCGUCAGUCGGUGGCGAACUUGCGGCAUGACUUCGACGUUCGUCUUAGUGAUAUUAACAAGUAUUUUGAACAUUUGUCUGAACGACUCGAGAAGAUGGAACACAUUACGACGUCGAACACGAGGAAGUUGCAAUCGCAAGAAGAGCGGCUCUCGGCUUCUCGUACUCGGAGCGGUGACAGGAGUGGGAUGAGUCCCGCCGAAACUCAGCAGUUUUCCGCACAGGAUCGCGUACUUGCCGUCCACGACAUCAAACUGGCCGAGCACAGUCUCCGAUUGGAUAUGAUGGAUUGCAAGGGCGUGAACGGCGUGUUGCUGUGGAAGAUCAUGGACGUGCGGCGGCGACGACGCGACGCCGUGAGCGGGAAGACACCGAGUAUCUACUCCCAGCCGUUCUACACAUCGCCGUGCGGCUACAAGAUGUGCGGACGGCUCUACCUGAACGGCGACGGCAUCGGAAAGAACACUCACUUGUCUUUGUUCUUUGUUAUUAUGCGUGGGGAGUACGAUUCUUUGUUGAUGUGGCCAUUCAGCCAGAAGGUCACACUUAGUCUCGUCGAUCAGGAUGGAAGGCGCCACAUCUCAGACACUUUCCGUCCCGAUCCGACGUCGUCGUCGUUUCACCGGCCGACUAGGGAGAUGAAUGUCGCCAGCGGAUGCCCAUUGUUCGCACCGGUGGAGAAGUUGGACGCUGGAAACUACGUGAAAGAUGACACGGUGUUUAUCAGGAUGGUUGUAGACACGUCAGGAGCUGUAGCACCGGAUGAGAGGAGAUAGGGCAAUACGGACGGUGUGUUGUAUAUAGAAUUGAAUUUUAUUGCACGCAUGGUCUCUACUGUUUAUAUCAAUUAUUGUGUGUGUCCGUAUUCCAUGUUUAGUUGGUUUUGGUCUUGUGAUUGUAUGUAGUUCAACUUCUUUAAAGUACUUUAGGGAUACUAUUGUACGAGUAGUUCUAGUAUUUCAGUACACAGGCAGCAGAAUCUUUCCGGCCGU